AUGCCAGAAGAAGAUAACAGAAAGAUGGAAGAAAGUAAAAUGAGUAUUGGGAAAGAUAAAGUAGAAGCUGAUAGAGAAGAAGAUGAGGGAGAAGCAGAAAAGGGAGAAGUUAAAGGUAAAGCAGAAGAAAAAUUAAAAGGUGAGGAGGAUGAGGAAAAGAAGAUGACGAAAAUAUCGGAUGAGCUUGACAGUAAUCCGUUCUAUCACGGUUUAGUAUCAUCGGAUGAUUUAUGUUUCAUCCUUUCCGAGGUUAAAUUUAUCGCGCAAGACGCUUAUCCGUUAAUUCAUUAUCUGGAAAUAAUAAAAACCCGAAAUUCAGCAUUUCAAGUUGGAGAUUGUACACAAUUAUCACAAGUGGUUAUAUUUGUAGAAACAACCAAAAAACCACAGUAA